GAUGUGCACUCAGGCCUGAUUGGACCCCUUCUGGUCUGCCACACUAACACACUGAACCCUGCUCAUGGGAGACAAGUGACAGUACAGGAAUUUGCUCUGUUUUUCACUAUCUUUGAUGAGACCAAAAGCUGGUACUUCACUGAAAACAUGGAAAGAAACUGCAGGGCUCCCUGCAAUAUCCAGAUGGAAGAUCCCACUUUUAAAGAGAAUUAUCGCUUCCAUGCAAUCAAUGGCUACAUAAUGGAUACACUACCUGGCUUAGUAAUGGCUCAGGAUCAAAGGAUUCGAUGGUAUCUUCUCAGCAUGGGCAGCAAUGAAAACAUCCAUUCUAUUCAUUUCAGUGGACAUGUGUUCACUGUACGAAAAAAAGAGGAGUAUAAAAUGGCAGUGUACAAUCUCUAUCCAGGUGUUUUUGAGACAGUUGAAAUGUUAUCAUCCAAAGCUGGAAUUUGGCGGGUGGAAUGCCUUAUUGGCGAGCACCUACAUGCUGGGAUGAGCACACUUUUUCUGGUGUACAGCAACAAGUGUCAGACUCCCCUGGGAAUGGCUUCUGGACGCAUUAGAGAUUUUCAGAUUACAGCUUCAGGACAAUAUGGACAGUGGGCCCCAAAGCUGGCCAGACUUUAUUAUUCCGGAUCAAUCAAUGCCUGGAGCACCAAGGAGCCCUUUUCUUGGAUCAAGGUGGAUCUGUUGGCACCAAUGAUUAUUCACGGCAUCAAGACCCAGGGUGCCCGUCAGAAGUUCUCCAGCCUCUACAUCUCUCAGUUUAUCAUCAUGUAUAGUCUUGAUGGGAAAAAGUGGCAGACUUAUCGAGGAAAUUCCACUGGAACCUUAAUG